CUAGGGAAAAAGAAAAGCCCCAAAAAUAUCGUAAUCUGGAUCUGGGCCAAAUCCAAGAAGAAACUACCAACAAUUUUCAAAUCACCCCUUUCCUUUAAUAAAUUCCCACGUUUUCUCCCGCUCCUCCUUUAACCGCCCGGCUAUUAAUGCGCAAAAUGCAGCAGGGGAAAAAAAAUCCGAUAAAACCCUAAUUUCUCUUCUUUUAGACUCCGCCACCGAUUUACAAUCCUCAGUUAAAAUCUACCCAAAUCAGGAGGAUUAAAGGGGAAAAUGUAAGGACGCGUUCAAGUAUUUUGGAGAUUUUGAAUUGAAAAUACAUAUCUUUUGUCAGUAUAUGUUGUGUUGGAUAAGAAGGGGACCCAAUUAAAUUCAGUUCUCAUCAUUUGAAGAAGAAAAAACUUAUAGGGACUCUACAAAGAUUUUAUGUUAUCCAUUUUGGGUACAAACAUAAUUGGGUUUUGAUUUGGAUAGACCCACAUCCCUAAAAUUAGCUACCCAAGUUCCUAAAUUUAGAAUUCUUCUUGGUAUUGUUUGUUGAUGCAGAAGAGAUGGUUGGAGUUCUUCUAUUGGCCAGUGCCAGUGCAUCCUGGUGAUUUUCUUCCUGAAGAAAAAGGAGACUUAGUCCAUCAAAAUUAAAAUAUUCUUUCUUACAAUUCAGUGCUCAUAGUCAAUAAAGAUUCAUAGGCAAUCAUGGUAUCAGAAUCAGAUGCUUACAAAUUAAGCGUGCAGUCCGAUAAUAUACUUCCCAAUUCUAGUGAUGCUAGGAGGAGUCAUGUGAAUUCUGAUACAAAGCGAAUGAUUAUGGUUGCAAAUUUUCUUCCCCUUCGUUCUUGCAAGGACGAAACAACCGGUCAAUAUUCCUUUUCAUGGGAUGAGGACUCACUGCUACUCCAAAUGAAGGAUGAUUUUUCUUAUAAGACCGAAGUUAUAUACAUCGGCAGCCUUAUGGUAGAUAUUGACAUAAGCGAACAAGAACGAGUUGCACAAAAUCUCUGGAAAGAUUACAGGUGUGUGCCAACGUUCAUUGAUCAUGAUCUCCAAGAAAAAUUCUACCAUGGAUUCUGUAAAGGACAAUUAUGGCCACUAUUUCAUUAUUCUCUGCCCUUCACUCCAAAGGAUGGUAAUCUCUUCGACCGCUCCCUUUUCCAAGCUUAUGUCUCUGCAAAUACCACUUUUGCCGAAAAGAUCAUUGAGGUAAUAAAUCCUGAUGAUGACUAUGUCUGGGUUCAUGAUUAUCAUCUAAUGCUUCUUCCGAUUUUGUUAAGGAAGAAGGUAAGCCAAGUCAAGCUCGGUGUCUUUCUCUAUAUCCCAUUUCCAUCCUCAGAAGUUUAUAAGGCCCUACCUGUUAGAGAGGAAAUCCUCAGGGGUUUACUAAAUGCUGAUGUUGUUGGUUUCCACACAUUUGAUUAUGCAAGGCAUUUCCUUUCUUGUUGCAGCAGAAUACUAGGCCUGGAUCAUGAACUGAAGCAUGGUUCUAUUGGGAUUAAUUAUUAUGGACGAACAGUUAGAAUUAGGGUUCUUCCGGUAGGAGUUCAUGUGGGGCGGAUUAAGUCUGUAAUGAAUUUGCCUUGUACCAUUUCAAAGGUUGAAGAAAUCAAGGAAAAGUUCAAGGGCAAGAAAUUGUUUUUGGGAGUUGAUUACAUGGAAGCUUUCAAAGGUAUCAGUCUGAAAUUGCUAGCUCUGGAGCUUGUGCUGCAGAGAAAUCCUGAGCUUAGAGGAAAUUUAGUCCUUGUUCAGAUUGCCAAUCCUGCUCGUAGUGCAGGAAAAGGUGUGAUGGAAUCUAGAACUGAAGCAAUGUCGAUUGCUGAAAGAAUCAACAAUACUUAUGGUAUCCAAGGUUAUCAACCAGUUGUCUUUAUCGAACACUCAAUUCCUUUCUAUGAAAGAGUCGCAUUCUAUGUGGUAUCUGAGUGUUGCAUUGUGAAUGCUCUUAGGGAAGGGAUGAAUUUAGUUCCGUAUGAGUAUGUUGUUUGUAGGCAAGGAAACAGUACUAGUACUCUUAUUGUGUCAGAGUUUGUCGGUUGUUCUCUGUCCCUAAGUGGAACAUUCAGGGUGAACCCUUGGAGUGUUGAGGAUGUAGCUGAGGCUAUGUAUCUUUCAGCUGGGAUGUCUGAAAGCGAGAAGAAGUUUCGUCACGAGAAGCACUACGACUAUGUGAGCUCUCACCAGCUCAGCUAUUGGACCUGCUGUUUUGCUCAAGAUCUUAAAAAGGCUUGUGAAGAUAACCGAAACAGAAGAUGCUGUACCCUUGGCUUUGGUUUGGAUGUCAAAGUUGUUGCUCUUUCGCCCAGUUUUGAUGAGUUGUCGAUUGAUGAAACUGUGUCUUUCUAUAAGAGAGCUAAAAGGAGGGCGAUAUUUUUGGAUUAUGAUGGCACUAUAAUGCCCGAGUUUUACAGGGAUAAGACUCCAAGUGAAGAAAUUGUUUCGCUUCUGAAUACUCUGUGCAGUGAUCCUAACAAUACGGUGUUCAUUGUUAGUGGGAGGGGUCGGAGUUCUCUCGGGGAGUGGUUCUCCUCAUGUGAAAAACUAGGGAUUGCUGCUGAGCAUGGCUAUUUCAUCAGAUGGAGUAAAAGUUUGGACUGGGAAACUGAGUCUCCAACAGCUAAUGGAUCAGACUGGAAAGAGCUUGCUGAACCUGUCAUGAAAGUGUACACUGAGACAACACAUGGCUCCUAUAUAGAAUCAAAGGAGAGUGCAUUAGUAUGGCAUCAUCUGGAUGCAGAUGUUGAUUUUGGUUCUUGCCAAGCAAAGGAACUAAUGGAUCAUCUCGAGAGCGUUCUUGUUAAAGAACCUGCUGUCGUUAAAAGGGGUCAGCAUAUUGUGGAAGUUAAAAGCCCGAGAGCUAGUAAAGGAUCAACUGUCGAUAAGCUACUGAAGUCAUUGGUUAGCGAUGGAAAAUCACCCGAUUUUGUGAUGUGCAUUGGCGAUGAUCGCUCUGAUGAGGACAUGUUCGAAAGUAUUGACAGCAUCAUAUCUGACACCAAUCUUUUCCGGGAAAGUCCUCAGGUCUUUUCCUGCACAGUUGGUCAAAAGCCGAGCAAAGCUAAGUAUUAUCUUGAUGAUAGUUCAGAAGUGAUAAAAUUGCUUCAGAGCAUUGUAGCGAUCUCUACUGAUGAAAAUAAACUCAGCAGCGAUGAUGAUCGUCAAGCUUCGUUCGAAGAGACCGCCUGAGGGGAAUCAUUGAGACCCCCAUCUAUACAUUCUUUGUUUUCUUGUCCCGGCAAGAAGCAAAAUUUUCAGGUGUUUUAGCGUAUGAGAUCGAGUCAUUUGGCAUAAUUCUGACAUUUUUUUGUUAGAUAUGCUUGAAAUUGCAUAUAUACUCUUUAAGUUUUUACAAAACAAUAGUUGAAAAUAAAUUCCUUGAGAUUUCUCAAGUUUCCCUGUGCCC